AUGAGUAAAUAUGUACUUUCUCUUAUCCAAAGACGAUUAAAGUCUAGAAAUGCUUUUGCGACAGUUAAAGCUACUCAAAGUGUCGUUGAUUCUUCAACUCGGGAUCAUUCUUUUGGAACGGUGGUCUCUAACGGCGACAACAUGAAGAAUUUAAGAGUUGUUGAAAGAGAAGAGCAUAUCAACACUUAUUACAGUCCAUUCAGAGAUGAUAAUGGUAGCCUGAUCCGAGGUUCUAGUUCAAAGGAGGCAAGAUUAGCAGAUGCAACUCUACAAGGUAUGUUUCCUCGAGGUCAAAUUAAAUUGAAUUCCGUAGUCGCUCAGACGAUACAGAAUAAUAUAUUAUCAUUGCAUAUCCCUAGCAAUUUAAGAAGGAUGGCAGCUAAAUAUUUUUCUGAGAUAUAUGGCAGUAAGUUGCACCGGCAGACAGCGUCUGCCAUGGAGGUUGAUGCGCAUAUUGCGUCAGUAUUUAUGCAGAAUUAUGGUGCGAUCUACCAGUCUCUUAGUGAGCUUAAAAAAAGGUUAGGUGACAAAUUCAGCCCACAAAGGGUUUUAGAUGUGGGAUACGGACCUGCUACAGGAAUAGUGGCGUUAAAUGAUUUAAUGGGUAAAGACUACAAACCAGAAUUAAAAGAAGCGACUAUACUGGGACAUAUUGAAAUGCAAAAAAGAGCUAAAAUCAUUCUUAGCAGACAGUUAAAUGAGAUUCCUGAUGAUUUUGUUGAAGAUAUUGCUACGGAUGCAGACGAAAUCCCACCAGAUGACUCUUUGGUUGGUGAAGUAAUGACCAAGAAGAUUCGGAUUAAUACCAAAUUAAGAAAAGAUGUGCCAGGUUCUAAGCAAUACGAUUUGAUAAUAAUAUCCCAUCAACUUUUAAAAAAUGACCAACAAUUCCCAAUGCAGAUAGAUGAUAAUGUUGAACACUUCCUAAGUCUAUUGGCUCCUGGUGGGCAUAUGGUGAUCAUUGAACGGGGGAACCCGUUAGGAUUCGAAAUCACUGCAAGAGCGCGGCAAAUUAUGAUCAGACCUGAAAAUUUUCCUAAUGAAUAUGGUAAAAUACCUAGGCCCUGGAUCAGGGGGUCUCAUAAGAAACCUCAGCAGCCUAUUUCUUCAUCCACUGAGGCUGGUGCGGGAAACGAAGUCGACUACCAUCUAAAGAUUAUUGCUCCAUGUCCUCAUCAAGGAACAUGUCCACUGCAAGUAGGCAAACCUCAAUAUUAUGAAUUGAAAGAUGGCAAAGCGCUCAACUUUUGUAAUUUCCAAAAGACGAUCCUCCGACCAAGAUAUACUAUUGAAUUAAAGAAGGGUAAGGUCUUAGCUACUCCAUGGGAAACUCCUACUGAAGCAAUUGGUAUCAAGGGUAAGUCUGCACCUGGCUCAGGAAGGCCAAACGGUCGUGAUUAUGAGCUACUAAAUUGGUCGUACCUUGUAGUUGAAAGAGCCUACAAUGAUCCUGAGACAGUAGCAGCCAUCAAUAAACGACGUCAGGAAUCGAUUAUGUCCCAAGAUAUACAACCAGUAUGCGAUGAGCCUUGGGAAACAUGGCCACGUAUUAUACGGCAACCUGUUAAACGUAGAGGGCAUGUUGUAAUGGAUCUUUGUGCACCGUCAGGUCAGUUCGAGAAAUGGACGGUUUCAAAGUCUUUCUCAAAGCAAAUAUACCACGAUGCUCGCAAGGCGAUGAAGGGCGACUUAUGGGCUCUAGAUGCAAAGACGAAACUCAAAGGCAUGGGUGCUUUAAAUGUUGCCAAGCUUGAAAAAUUGAACAAGGAAAGAAUCAAACAAUCCAAGAAACUGGCUAAACAGAAGAGCCGUGAAAUCAGAGAUGCAGUCACAAACCUUGAUCACCCUGAUCCAAACUUAGAGCUAUCGUCUGCAGAACAGUUAGAUGCUAUAGCCAACCUGUAUGCAGAUGAAUUCUUAUCUUCAAAUUCUAAGAAAGACAAAAAGUACAAAAAAUAA